UUUUCCUACCGGUAAGUAACUCGGUGUCUCUGGUGAAUCAAAUGAAAAACUAAACAGAUGAAUGAAACCUUUCUUAGCCUCUCUACUAGAGAGCUCUCUCCACUCCUUCCCCAAGCUCUCCUCCACUCACUGCCACGCCAUCAAACAUGGUUACAUCACAGACGUUUACAUAUCCAACAGAGUCUUAGACUCCUACGUAAAAUCAGACUUCUUGGGUCACGCCCACAACCUGUUCGACGAAAUGCCUCACAGAGACACCGUCUCUUGGAACACCAUGAUAUCCGGAUACACAAGCUCCGGGAAGUUGAACAACGCAUGGUGCUUGUUCACGGGUAUGAGAAGAUCCGGUUCUGAUGCUGAUGGGUAUAGCUUUAGUAGACUAUUGAAAGGAGUUGCUUCUGCGAAAAGGUUUGAUCUUGGGGAGCAAGUUCAUUCUUUGGUUAUAAAAGGAGGUUACGAGAGUAAUGUGUACGUUGGGAGUGCGCUUGUUGAUAUGUACGCGAAAUGUGAGAGAGUUGAAGAUGCUUUCGAGGCGUUUCGGGAGAUUUCAGAGGCUAACUCUGUUUCUUGGAACGCUUUGAUCGGUGGGUUUGUGCAAGUGAGAGAUGUGGAGACUGCGUUUUGGUUGUUUGGUUGUAUGGAGAUGAUGAUGAUGGACGAUGGGACUUUUGCUCCACUUCUUACUCUGCUUGAUGAUCCGUUGUUGUGUAACUUGUUAAAGGAGGUACAUGGUAAGGUUUUGAUGCUUGGGCUUGAGAAAGAGAUUACUAUCUGCAAUGCUAUGGUUAGAUCUUAUGCGGAUUGUGGUUCAGUAUCAGAUGCCAAGAGAGUUUUUGAUGGCUUGGGAGGCUCAAAGGACUUGAUUACGUGGAACUCGAUGCUUGCAGGUUUCUCUAAGCUAGAGCAAAAGGACUCUGCUUUUGAGCUCUUUAUUGAAAUGCUAAGGACAAGAAACGAGAUCGAUGUUUAUACUUACACCAGCAUCAUAAGCACUUGCUGUGGAGAAGAACAUCAAGUCUUCGGACGGUCCUUGCACUGUUUGGUUAUAAAGAAGGGACUGAAACAAGUAACCUCGGUUUCAAACGCAUUGAUCUCUAUGUAUAUUCAGUUUCCUACAUGCGCCAUGAACGAUGCUCUCUCUCUAUUUGAAUCCCUGGAAGCUAAGGAUCUUGUCUCUUGGAACUCGGUGUUGACAGGGCUAUCUCAAAAAGGUCCAAGCGAGGACGCGGUUAAGUUCUUUACCUACUUAAGAUCUUUAAACACAGAAGUAGAUGAUUACGCCUUCUCUGCAGUUCUCAGAUCAUGCUCUGACCUUGCAACGCUCCAGUUAGGUCAGCAGGUUCACGCUUUAGCCAUUAAAUCAAGCUUUGAAUCAAACGAGUUUGUAGCUAGCUCUCUGAUCUUGAUGUACUCAAAGUGUGGAGUCAUCCAGAACGCCCGAAAAUGCUUUGAGAAGAUCUCCUCCACACACAGUACAGUAGUUUGGAACGCAAUGAUCCUCGGAUACGCUCAGCACGGUUCAGGCCAAGUCUCGUUAUCACUCUUCUCUCAAAUGUGUAACCAAAAUGUGAAGCUAGACCAUGUAACCUUCACUGCAGUUCUAACAGCUUGUAGCCACUCCGGUUUGGUACAAGAAGGACUGAAAUUGCUUCGGUUAAUGGAACCGGUUUACAAAAUCCAACCACGAAUGGAACACUACGCAGCUGCUGUUGAUCUCCUAGGCAGAGCAGGGCUUGUGAAGGAAGCCAAAGAGUUGAUCGAAUCAAUGCCACUGAGUCCUGAUCCAAUGGUGUUGAAGACUUUCCUUGGAGUUUGCAGGGCUUGCGGGGAGAUUGAGAUGGCUACUCAGGUGGCUAACCAUCUGCUGGAGAUGGAGCCUGAUGAUCAUUUCACGUAUGUUUCGUUGUCUCAUAUGUAUAGUGAUGCCAAGAAGUGGGAAGAGAAAGCGAGUGUGAAGAAGGUGAUGAAGGAGAGAGGUGUGAAGAAAGUUCCAGGUUGGAGCUGGAUUGAGAUUAGAAAUGAAGUUUGUGCCUUUAAUGCUGAAGAUCGAUCUCAUCCUCUUUGCGAAGAGAUUUAUUUGAUGGUUGAAGAUUUGACUCAGGAAAUGAAGUGGUUUGAGACUGAUAAUGAGUUUGAUGAGCAAGCUUCACUUCUUGAUGUCAAUCACUCUUAGUUUCAGCUUUUUAUAUCAAACUGUUGUUCAAAGAAAUGUCUUAACCAUUGAUAAUCACGUGAUGAUAUAAGAAAAUGAGAUA